AGGAGAAAACUGAACUUUUCUGUUUCUUUGUUCGGUACGGUAACCUCAUUUUUCAUCAAAAUUUUUUAUUUCAAGGCGAAAUAAUGUCGUUUCCGACGCUACAAGUACGUCCAAAUGAGAAAAAUCCAAAAGUUCUGCGAUGCCAUGAGUUUCUUCGCCAAUCAAAUCAACUUGUGGAGCGAAACAUGAUCAACACGGAAGGAAGAAAAAUGUUGGCAAAGUUGCUGACGAAAAUGGUAUCCGAAGCCAAAGGAAUCUAUGCAUUAGAUGAGAGACGCGCCGAGUUGGCAAAAAGUGGGAAACUCCAGGAGAAGCUGAAAUCAGCUUAUCAAACAUCGCUGACAGUAAUGGAAGAUCGUCUACACAUUGCUGAGCUAUCUCGGCAGGUUCAAGAAAAGAAGCUGACAGUUCAGCAGAAAUAUUACGAAUGUGACGACCUACGAAAAUCCGUGCAAGAGACGAACACCGAGGCUCGACGAGUCCAGGAAAUCAACGAACAGCGGCUUGUGGACACAACCAGGGCCACUGAGGAGCUCAUCGUGAAAAGUGCCUCAAUUCUGAAAAAUCUAGAAAAUUCAUCCGACGUACAUAAGCUUCGUGCAAUGGAAGAGGAGAAAAGAAUUCUAGAAGAAGUAGUGGAGGGGCUCAGAGAUCAGAAGAAGUGUCUUGCCGAUGAUAUCCGUACCAAGAAAGCUACAUUGAAAGCCGAAUCAAAGAAAUCGUUCGAAAAGACGGUAAUUGAGUGUGCGAAACACUAUAAACUCCAUCAAUCCUUGAUGCCGAAGUUAGACAAAUCGAAAAGAAGUUUGGAAACAUUGAAGGACGAGGAAGAGAAUCGACGAAUUUGUGGAAGUCUCAGUCUGGAUGAAACAAUGCAGUUUGAUCGUUCUUUUAUUCUCGCGUCGAUGGACAAAACAAAUAAGCCAGAAAAGGCCGUACAACAGUUAACUUCGAAAAGUUCGGAAGUUUCGAUCACUCCACAGAUAAGCGAAACCGCGAAAUCUUCCUUCUCCAAAGAGCCAAUUCCGACACAGCAUCCGAUGGAAGUUGGCGAAGAACCUGUAAUCGAACAUUCAGCUGAAGAAAGCGUUCAUAUUGAACCACCAAAUGUCACUGAAAUAAGGGAGGUGGUACCACAAAUUACCAUUCAGCCUACUCGUCAAGACAGCGUCGUUCAACGGGAUGCAGAAGAGUUAGACACUUCAGCAGUUCCAAGCCCCCAACCGGAAUCAAUCCUAGAUGAGCCCGAAGAAGAAGAAGAAGAACUUAGCAAUCAUGAAAAUCAUGCCGAUCAAUCGAUGGAUGUAAUGGAAGUAGAUCAGGAAGUACCCGAGGAAAGUCCCAUGGAAGUCGGUGAGCAAGAAGAAAUUGAGCAACCAUCUGUAUUCAAGGACAUUCUAGCCACGGAGCAGGCUGCACUCUCCCAGGAACAAGAACCAGAGAUCGUUGAGAAGCAGGCAGACAAUGAUGUUCAGUUUGUUGAUGAUCAACAAGUGGGAGCACAACUAGAUGUAGAAGACGAAGAAGAAGUGAUGAGCGAAAACGGUUCCAACAAAAGCAAUAACUUCUCUUUUAACUUUUUUGGGAAUAGCAAGGGUACAUCAGCGGGAGAAGGUGGCGGUGAAGGCAACUUCGACUUUAAUUUUGACGGAAUUGGAGCAGGAGAUGAUGGUUCGAACAAUGGUGGUUCUACUGGAGAUCUGGAUUUCCUUAACUAUGACGGAGAGGAUGAAGGAAAGGGUUCGGGAAACACUCAAUCCGAUCCGUUCGGAUUUGCAUCAAAUGGUAACGCAGCUGGUGGAGGUGGAGAUGGAUCGUUCAACUUUAACUUUGACGGUGACGGUGAAGGCGGAGCAACUUCUGGAGCGGGCGGAAACAGCACCUCGUUCUUUAACUUUUAGAAAAUUAUCAUGUAUUAUUCAGCUCUUGUAUCAUUUGUAUCGUUUAAUGUCAGAAAUUUUAGAUUUUAUUGGACCAAGAAAUUGCCUCUUUUUUUUCUUUUUGAACAGCAAAAAUAUACAUAAUAUAAAGUAUUGAUCAUCUC